UUUUCUCCCUCAGAUUCCUCGGAGGCGGUGUGGGUUGUGGUGGGCGGCCGGGCGGAGCUGCCGUGUCGCCCAAACCCCAAACAAGCAGACGAUGACCCAAUGUUGGUGCUGUGGUAUCGGAGGAACAACAGGAUCCCCAUCUACACUUACGACACGAGACACGGGGACUUCUUGAGUGGACAGCGAUGGACGGACCAGAAUGUGCUAGGGCAGAGGUCAUACUUCAUGUCCGCGUCAGACCCUCCCAAGCUUGUCCUGGAGCCCGUGCACGCGAGCGACCAGGCCGUGUACACUUGCAGGGUGGACUACCGCAGCUCCUCCUCCACCACCGUCACCGUCAACCUCACCGUCGUCAUUCCUCCCGGGCCGCCGCAGGUGCUGUGGCGGGGACGGUCGGUGGUGGGCUCCGUGGGGCCCGUGGGGGAGGAGGAGAGGACACACCUAACCUGCCGCAGCUCCGGGGGGCGGCCGUCCCCUGUCAUCACGUGGUUGGAGGGGAGUCGGCGCCUGCCCCUUAUCACUGCCAACUCUACCCUGGACCAUGUUAGCGGUACCUACAUCGCCGAGGCAACCGUAUCUGUGCUGGCCACGCGGCACCUGCUGGACGCUUCCCUCACCUGUCACGCCCACACGCCGCGCCACGCCCACAUCGACGGUGCGCCAGUCCUGCAGGGCCGUAGUACCUCCGUCUCCCUCAACAUCACCCUGCCGCCCCAAAGCGUCAAGAUCCUGGGCUCCCAAUCGGCCGUGACGGAGGGCGCGACGCUCCGGCUGGUGUGUCGCUCCUUCGGCUCCCACCCGCCCGCGCGCCUCGAGUGGUGGCGCGGCGACUCUCCGCUCCCCGAGGUGACCCACGCCAUCGAGGACGGGGGCAACAUAACCACAGCGACGAUGACAAUCCUAGUGAACAGACUCCACGACGGUGCUACCCUAACCUGCACGGCCUCCAACCCAGCGCUCUCCGUCCCACCGCUCACUGACACGGCCACCCUCACCGUCUAUUACGCCCCCGUGGUUGGCCUGUCGUUGGGUCGCUCCAUGAAGGCCGACCUCAUCAAAGAAGGAGACGACGCUUACUUCGAGUGCAGCAUUGAGGCCAACCCGCCCUUCCAUCGGGUCGACUGGCGCCACAACGGCGUGGAGCUGGUGCACAACAUGAGCGCCGGCGUGGUGAUGAACGGCCUCAACCUGGUGCUGAGGAACCUGCAGAGGGAACAGUCGGGGUCCUACACUUGCACUGCCGCCAACAACGAGGGGCGCGUCACCAGCAACGCCGUACUGCUCUCCGUCAGGCAUGUGCCAGUGUGUGCCGGGUCCAAGCACGAGAAGACUCAAGGGGCGGCACGAGGCUCCACGGCGGCCCUCAAGUGUAAAGUGGAGGCCGAGCCGUCUGACGGUAUCAAGUGGACGUGGUUCAGGAAGCGAGUGGACGGGAGCGAGGAGGAAAUAGACGAGGAGAACGUAAGGAGCGACGGCUUGUCCUCCUCUGUCCUUGUCACGCCGCACACACCCGAUGACUACGGACGGUUCCUCUGCCUGGCCACUAACGACGUUGGGAGUCAAGAGACGGCCUGUGUGGUGACCCUGGUGCCAGCCGGGCCGCCAGACACCCCCACCAACUGCUCUGUCAACCCUGUGAAGCACGCCGCCCUCCCCGACACCACUACUCUCGCCAUCAACUGUUUCGAAGGGUUUGACGGCGGCCUUCCCCAGAGGUUCCUGAUAGAGGCGUGGCAGGAAGGCGUCCUCAAGGCAAACGUAACAAGUGACUUCCCCGAGUGGGUGGUGAAGGGCCUCCAGUCCGGCGAGAGCGUCAGCGUGAGGGUCGCCGCCUACAACGCACGGGGCAGGAGUGAAGCCUUGACCAUGGAGGUGCACACGACCAGCGCCCAGCAGCACGCUGCCCCAGGGUUCCUCACUCCUGACAUCGAGGCCUCUGUAGACAUUCCUCCCAUUGUGGGCGCCGCCCUGGGCCUUGUUGCUGUGCUCCUGCUGCUCCUGGUGGUGGGCGUCGUGCUGUGCAGGAGGAUGCGGCCCCGGCCUCGCAAGCCCACCCCAGCCGAAGUUCCCCUCACGCCCGCGGCAGGAACAGAUGGCUUCGACCCUGACGUCGUGGCGUCUAUUCAGCGGCCGCUGCCCGGCCUUGAUGUCAUUCCAAGUGACCAGGAUGAUGAACGAGACUACGAUGAAUCCUACGAACACGAGCGUUUCACUACCGAAGACGACGAGGACGUGUUACAGGCGCACGCGUCAAGACAGUCGUGUGUUCACGUACACAGAACGGGCGUCGGCGGCUCCCAUGAACAGGUUGGGCAGGGCAUGUACGCGCGGGGCGAGGGCGGGCCGUGUUCCUGCGCGCACAGCCGAGGAAGCCGAGUGCCGCACGGCGCCGUCGCGUCCGAACACAACGGGGACGGGCAGGGCACUCCCAACCAUGACUCCCAGAGCUAUGACUCUGGAGUAUCUGAGUCAGAGUCCGACUCGGAGUUGCAGAUGAUGGCGGGUGGGAACGUGGCGGCCGUCAUCCGGCAGUACCCAGACAGCGGCCGAUCCUACGUCACUCUCUCCCCCAGGGAGGCCCUCGCCCACGUCACGCCCGACACCGAGGUUCGCCUGCUUCCAGCGGGCCACAUGGGCGUAGCUUCCCGGCCUCCCUCGUCACUCGAGGUGCAGCCCACCAGCCCGUCCCCCAUGGAAGUGCGACUCAAGCCUUUUGUGUCUAAGGAGUACAAGGUGUCGCCCGACGACGCGGAAGGGCUGCGUCUGUUGCCGUCCUCGUGCAGGGAGGUGCGUCUGGUUCCCUCCUCUGCUGGUGAGUCACGGCACUCCAGAAGUUCUCCGGCAGAGUCACGUGUUCCCUCUUUUGUGGGUGAGGUGAAUGUGGGCGUGGCCUCACACAGGUCAUCCCGGCCCCCCUCAAGCUGUGCCAUGAGGUCCCCAACCUCACAGACGGAGGUAAUAUGUCUUCCUAUUUCUCCUGCUGAGUCUUCAUCCACACGGUAUCCGGCAGACAGGAUAUCGAGAGAGGCCACUCCCAAACCAGCAAAGCAUUCACGCCCUUCAUCCUGCCGCGACUCUCCGGUUCCGACGGGGACGAUGGGGCUGCCAGGGCAACAUCAUGGACCACCACACGAACAACUGGACUUGGGCAGGACAGUGACUCUGCUGCACGGCGAACACGGCGAGGUGGUGUUCAUACCGCGGAAAACUUCCCCAAUGGAGGGCGGGAGAGGUAAUCGGCAGUGCACUCCGGCCCUCCCAAACGUGAAGGUGUGUGAUACGGCGACACCAACGCUUCCAGAUACGUUACCCAAAGCUGUAGCGAGAGAGAGCAAGGCAAGGGCACUGAAGCGGGCGAGAGAAAUGGAGAAGAUUGAACAAGACCCCCGUGCCAGCCUCGCCCUUCCUCUCCCCACACAGUUGAGCCCUGAAGGCCAGACCAAACUUCCUGUUGGGUUCCGACAAAACUACCACCCACGCCCUCACCCGGACGUGUGUCGACGGGAAAGCUCAGUAUGACCACGGCUUCCUGGCGUGUUAAGAUGACCUCUCGUGACCGUGUGAGUCGUGCUGGCUCUCUGUGACCGCCAAAAGGGAAUCAUACCAGUGACAAAUAUUACGAAAAGUAUUCAGCGUCAUCAGUGUGAUGAGUUUGUUCUUUAUCAGUACUUUCCGUCAGUGUCACAUCCAUAUAUAUAUAUAAAUAUUUGUCGCCAUUCCCACCGAAGAGUUAUUAUAUGAGUUAAGAAAAAGAUAUACUGGAAAAAAAUCGUGCCAUAAUGACAGAUUUGUGUUUUAUGAACAAAUGUUUUAUGUAUUUCCUCACGCACCCCACUAACACACCUUUUGACCUGACCUCCUGCCGGGCAUCCUCGCCUCCCGCCUGCAGGAGUGUCGCGCCUCCACCAAAGAAUCUCUGACCUCAGCGAGCCGCCCCGCGCGACAAACCCGGUGCUGCUCGGGCCACGACUACCCCAGGCGUCUGUGCCUGGAGAGUGACCCAACACGUGUGCAGAGCCUACAGUAUCUCUCUAUCUAUCUAUCUAUCUCUAUAUCUAUUUCUGUCUGUCUAUCUAUUUCUUACUUAUUUACGUCUCCGAUCUCUCAGCCAUGGACCUGUUUUAACCUACCUAAUCUUCUACCACCCCACGUUGUGUCUCCUUACCGUCCACACACACACCUUGCCUGCUUCACCAGUCGCCCUCCUACCUGCUCUCUGCACGGCGGCUCUUUUCCUCUUCGGCCAGGUGUCCUUGGUUUCUCUGUCGACUUUAUUUUUACUUAGUAAGGCGCUCCUUGACUUCAUGCAUAGAUAUUUUUAUAUUUUUUAUAAACCUUCGAACGGCCUUGUGGUGAUAGGCAAAGUCUGGAUCUUGCUCUGAGCGUUUGUUGUCUUGUUAGCGUUAGUGUGAGGGAGUUGAGGCGGCCCCGGCAAGUCUGAGGCGCCGCCGACGAGAGCGAGUGUACUUCAGACCGUGGGAGUCUCAUGGUCUGUCCAGCUACCUCUAGUUCACACACACACACACACACACACACACACACGCACACGCAAACACACACACACACACACACACACACACACACACACACACACACACACACACACACACACACACACACACUACUUCCCUGACCUCUCUCAAACUUUAGAACCACCCACAGACCUCCUUUCCCUGCCCCAAACACACACACACACACACACACAACAACUUCACAACUUCCAUAUAACAACCAAAUUCGUGCAAUGUAGUGACAUCAUCGCCGAGAGACAGUGAGUGCAUUGUGUCUGGGAAACUAAGGACUGUCAGCAUCAAUGAGUGUGUGUCGUGUUCUCAGCAACCCACCCUGCCGCCUGCCCAACAGUCUCCUCACCCUACUGUUGGCAUAAGGUCGGUCCAGUGACUGUGAAGUGAUGAAGCCGCGACACUCAAACGCACAGGAAGGCAUCUCCUCCAAUCUGUUCCGAAGCUUCCCUAAUGACGGUGCACCCAUCCCAUCCCCCGCCUCUUUCAUCUCAUCUCGUGUGUCUGGAGCAUCACAUCACGGUGCUAAGUCCGUCAUCAUGGGUGGCUUAAUGACACCCCCCACGUGCUAAUGACAGUUCGAUAUCAUAUGAACCACGGACUGACCUGAGGAUUAGCAACUAUCCAGACCACCGUGAGAUGCUGCCCAGCCUUAGUGACACCGACACGCCGUACCCCCCCACCCCCCCUUCAGGAAAUGCCAUUCCUCCCUCCCCCCCCCCCCACACACACAGAUUACAUAGGCAGACCCACCAACUCCCACCCCGACUUGUUUUACCUGUUUGUUAAGUGUUCAUUUCCAGCCUGAUGACUGCCAAGACUAAACAAAUCUAUUUAUUAUUGUCAUUGUUGUACACGCACACACACACACACACACACACACACACACACACACACACACACACACACACACACACACACACACACACGCGCACACACCUGCCAGAUCAGUAUCCCAUCUUCCACUGCGUUCAGAGCGAAUAUACGUGUGUGGAGGACUCGCCUGUUAUCAUUACCUGAGUGUUACCUGUGAUCUUGUUAAGCUUCACGUUCCCCCUCACCCCUCCCGCCCUCCUCCCCACCCUCAGGUCGCCUCCCCAGCAUGUAGUAGGUGACAGGGCGCGAGGUGAAUGGAAAAUAAAUACUCAAGUUUUAUGAUGAUGACCAAUCUUUUACAUAAACUAAAGAAAAAUAUAUAUAACGCUAUGUUUC